UUAAAAAACAUACAUAGAUAAAAAGGAAUUUGCACAUGAUGAUCAGAAAUAUAAAUAUGGAGAGGAGAAUGUCGUUGGCAGCCGUGGCUACAACCAUAUUAAUAAUAGUAGUAGUGCAUGUAGCUCUGAUGGCUCCAUCUUCAUGCUCUGCAGCUGAGCGGGACAAUCACGGGUGCGGACGAUACGCCAACGGGACAUGGGAAUUUUGCGACUCGGGGCGCUGUUGUAGUAUCGAACUCUACUGCGGCGACGGUGACGAUUACUGUGGCAAAGAUCGUUGUUGGUACCAAUGUCCUUCACAGCUGGAUCCUUCUCCUCCUCUUCCUUCUGGUAAUUAUGGUCAUCAAAGUAAUUAUCAAGUUGCUGAAACUGGUGGAGCUGGAGUAGUAGUAGCCACACGGCGGCUUGUUAACGCUACGCGCAAUAACCAAUAUUUUUUUAAUUUGAAUCUUGGUGGUGGUGAUGAUCAUGAUGAGCUCGUCAAAGUGGUCGCCGCCGACAAUGCUUCUUCUUCCUCGACGCCGUGAUAUACAAUUACUCAUAAAAUAAAAAUUAACAUCCAAUUAAAAAAAAACAUAUUUACAGUUUAUCAUCUUUGGCUAUACAGUUUUAUCAUGUUUGUCUUCUGUUUAAUUUUGUUUCCUUUCCUUGUUCUGUCUGUUUAUUCUUCUCUGUAAUACUAUUUCACCAUGAUAAUAAUAAAAAAGUUUACGUGGGAGAUUUUCUUUUACAAAUGCUAAAAAAAAAUUAACCAUGGAAUUCUCGUCCCAAUUGUAAUGAACAAAAACAUUGCACUUUUUUAGAUAAAUCCUGAAAAAAAUUUCAUAUUAGACCGUCAUUAAAACUUUCUUUUUCAGGAAACUCUUAUAUUUAAAAUGGCUUGUUCUUCUCGAUGCAUGUUAAAAUAAGAAAUCUCUUAAAAAGAGAUGUGUCUAUAAUAAUGCCCUUGAUUUUAAAAGUAUUCAAUACACUGUGUUUGUAUUAUAGUAAAAUUACAUUUUAAUCAUUAAAUAUUUAUUUCAAGUUUCAAGUGAUAUUGUCCAUUGUAUUUCAUUACAUUGAUUAUUAGCAUUGAUGUUCUCACCAAAAAAAAGUAGUCACUCAGCCCAUCUGAAAUAGGGAUUGGGGCGACCCCGGUAGCCCGCCCGCUGGAUAGUUGUGCAACAGUGAGAUUUUGUCUGAAACAGGAAAACAGAUCCAAGUUGGUUACUUGAACGGAUUUGGAGAAAAGUAAGUCCGGCCCAAUCAAAGUCCAUCUUGGCCCAAUAAAAGUCCAAUUUUGAU